AUGAGAAACCAGAUCAAAUCGACAUUUCGGGCAAAGUCAAAGGGAUUGAGUAUGGUGUUAGAUUCAUUGAGAGAAGAAGGAUAUAUCUAUUUCGAAGGAUUGUUCGAUCAUUUUAAAGUAAUCACUUGGAUCGUUGAGAAUCCUGAAACAACUCCACGGGAAUCUAGUGUUGUUUUUUUGAAGUUGGAUACCGAUAUGGUUUCGUGUGGAUUGAGUUUCGAUACGGACACAGGCCAUCCAACUUUUGGCUUUGAUGAAGAUAAUUGGAAAUCUGCACCCAUUUUGAUGUACAACUACAUUUCUGACCUGUUCCACACAUCUUCUGAUAUUCAGUUUAUUACGAAUACGCGGAGUUUCGAAGACUUGCCAAAUAUCAAAGUUUUCAAGAAUUUCUACCACGAAGGUCUCAGAUUAGCUGGCUCGAAAUUGGAUGCAUUUUUUGAAACUCAUGAAAUUACGAAUUGUGCAGUGAUUCUCCCAUAUAUUAAAACUGAUGAUCUAUUUUCUAGGGGAUCAAUUAAGAGGAGAUCCAGUUUACUGAAAGUUAAACAUUUGCUGGUGUACAAAGCGAAUUUUUUAGUGAUAAAUAAUAUACUGAGUUUUCGCGGAAGUCAUGCCGUUUUCUUGGAAUCAUAUAUGAAAAACAACGAUAUCAAAAAAUUUUUGAAGCUCUGGAUGGCUGGCCGUUUUCGGAGACUCGACUAUCUUCUUAUCACCAAGCUUUACACUCCAUUCGACCCAGAAAAUAUUUUGUUUGAAUUCAAUACGAUGCCAUUCGACGAAUCAAGGAGAUCAGCUAUGUACAUAAAUAAAUCAACAAUGAUCGACUUUAUUCCUGCUAAUUGUAAGCAGCCAGACUGGUCAAAAGGAGUUGAUAUCGAAAGAGAAACAGAUUCCAUGUUGGCUACAAUUGUUCUGGAAAGAAAUCAAUUUCGUUUCUGUGUUUGGAAAGAUCGUUUUCCAAAACAGAUCCCCACAACUCCUGAUUACCACGGAAUUCCAAAAUGCUUACGCGAGGGGAAGUUUGUCCCAUACAGAAGUACCCAUCUCGUAUAG